AUGCCCCCAAGGGGAGUCGUCAAGUCUGGAAACACCGGGAAUUCAUCCAAACCUUCGAAGACGCCCCUCGUACAGCCUGUUCAAUCCACUGACGAGAAGCCGCUUUUCCCUCCGGGUUCCAAGUACCCGCUGAGUCUACUGAACGAGAGAUGCCAAAAGAACGGGUGGGGCAAACCUAUCGUUGACACACGGAAACAAGCAGACGGGUAUUCUUUCGCAGUAACUCUGAGCAGAAUGAACAAGAAAACCUCUCAGAAGGAGACUGUGCGUCUGGAGCCCCAUCCUCCUUAUGUGCUACCUAGUGCGCUUGAAGCCCGUCAUUGGGGUGCGACAUAUGCGCUGUAUCGCUUUUGUAACGGGAUUCAGCUCAAUCGAGUGCUCCCAUCUGGUCCGCGCGACUAUUGGAACGCGCUGGCCGCUGAACACAAGAACGCUCUAGAACAUCAGAAAUGGAUGUACGAUGCCGACCCUUUCGCAGCUCGCAAGGCGGUCGACGAACGCCAAGCGAAAGUUGUCCAGAAGAGGGAAGCCAGCUCGUUCGAUGACAACACUGCCAGGGACGGAAAGCAUGUUUCCAGAGAAUUUGAGAACGCCCCGGAGGCGAAGAUGGCCGGCUCCUUGCGGGAUUUAGUCGAGGACAGUAUCAAGAAGGCAAUAGCGCUGUAUCCAGAAAUGGAGGACGCUUUUCCGGUAGUGAUUCCAGCCGAAGAGACCCAGCAUCUUCUCCAACAACUUACCGCUUUGGGGUUCAAGCCUGGGCAGGCACGCAAUACCAUAACGGUGCUGUCGCAAGUAUCUCCAAUCACGUCCUCAUUGUUACGAUCGAAUCCUCCUUUGCAAGCUUGCAUCGAGUAUCUCAUCCUCCAAGUUCCUGAAUGCGACCUACCCCAGCGCUUCCUACCCACUGUCAACUCCUCGAAUUCGUUCGUCACCGCUACGCACGCAGGAACUGCUGAUAUCAAAACACGCUGGGCCGAAGAAAAGGCCAUCAAAGAAUGCGGAUGGCCCGCUCACGUCGUGAAGGAGUGCAUGACACACGAGGCGCUAGCCAAUAAUUGGGAGCUACUCGUGUCGGCCCUGAACCGACGAUUGCUCGGCGACGACUGGUCUAGUCUCACCAAAGGACAGUCCUCCGACUCGGUGCAGUAUGGCGAAACCAUCGACGUUGAUGAACUGGAAGCCUUCGGUGCUUACAGAGCCGAGAACAAUCAAUUGGUCGUCCCAUUGCCCGUCGCUCCCUUCAAGCUCGUCAUCGUCAUAUCGUCUGGCAGGAUCCGCCGUGACUAUCCUCCAGCGAUGUACAUCGCAUCUACCUCUGUCCCCGCGUAUAUUCGACUACACUUAGUUUCGAGGUUUCUGGUUGCUAUGAAGGACGGUUCCCUGCCUGAGGAAGGCGAAAGCGUCAUCAUGGGUGCUAUACGACUGCUAGAGGAAGAGUGGGUCUCUAUUGAAGAUCAAGAUCCCCCCGACAUGGCUGUCGUCCUGCAACACCUCACGCCUGAUCUUUGGCAAACGAACCCUGCCGACAAGGAGGUACAGAGUGCUACAACCACACAGAAGCGCAGUGGCGGGCGGAAACGUGUCGUGCGGAGGCAGGACGACCGCUCAGAUGCCCGCGUGAAGGAGGACUUCGUCAAGCUCACAAGGGACGCUAAGUAUUUACAAACACUUGCCGUCAGACAGAGGCUACCCGCUUUUUCCGCUCGAGACCAGUUCCUAGACAUGUUGGAAAGGAGUAGAUGCGUUGUGGUGGUCGGAGAGACAGGUUGCGGGAAGACAACUCAGCUUCCCCAAUUCGUAUUGGACUCAAUGAUACUCGACGGACAAGGAUCGAACGCGUCGAUCAUUGUCACCCAGCCACGAAGGUUGUCAGCGAUCGGAGUCGCCGCGCGGGUCUCUACAGAACGGCUAGAAGAUGGCUCAAUAGGAUAUGCUAUUCGCGGUGAGAGCAAGCAAGACCACAGAACGAAGGUACUCUUCUGCACUACCGGUGUCGUCUUGAGACGUCUUGGUACAGGAGACAGGCUGGAGAAUGUGACACACAUCAUCGUGGAUGAGGUGCAUGAACGUUCGGUGGACGGGGACCUCCUCUUGCUCGAGCUCAAGGAGCUAUUGCGAACUCAUCCGAAGCUCAAAGUUAUUCUCAUGUCCGCCACCAUCAACCAUGAGACCUUUGUGAAGUACUUCGGCAACGCUCCCCUCUUGGCUAUACCUGGUUUCGCGCACCCUGUAGAGGAUAGGUAUCUCGAGGACUUCAUGUCUCAUGUUAACUAUCGACCAUCCUCGUCGGCGCGUACCAGGAAGGGUAAGGAAGCCGAGGAAGAAGGCAAGAAGCUUCAUGAUGAUCUCGCCGCGAAAGGUUUGGACGACGAAACUGUGAAGGCUAUUCAAGCAAUCAGUCGUUCGGAUCGAAUUGAUUACGAUCUUGUCUAUGCCCUCGUUGAAAACAUCGUGUUGACUUCCGGCAAGCGAGGAGCGAUUCUUAUAUUCUUGCCUGGAGUACAAGAAAUCCGACAAUGUACGGAGCGACUUCGAAGUAUCCCAGAGACGCACGUGUUACCACUGCACGCAAAUCUAUCAAAUGAUGAACAGCGUCGUGUAUUUGCACCGGUGCAAGGCUGGAAGGUCGUCGCAGCUACAAACGUUGCAGAGACAUCUAUUACCAUCGACGACGUUGUCUACGUCGUAGACUGCGGGAAGGUCAAGGAGACACGCUACGACCCGCAGCGAGGUCUCACUAGCCUUGAGGAACAAUGGGUGACUCGCGCUGCCGCGAAGCAGCGUAGAGGCCGUGCUGGCCGUACCCGACCUGGUGUCUGCUACAAGCUAUAUACAAGAUUGCAAGAGCAGAAGAUGGCUGCGUUCCCCGUUCCGGAGAUACAACGAGUCUCCCUGGACAGUAUCGCGCUGACGGUCAAGGUAGUUCAUCGUGAUGUAAAGGCGUUCCUUUCUCGUGCCAUCGACCCACCGGAAUUAAGCGCAGUUGACGCUGCUCUAUUGACGCUUGAGAAUCUCGGGGCUAUAGGGACGGAUGGAGAGCUCACACCACUGGGGCGACACAUGGCUAUGUUACCAGUGGACCUGAGGCUCGGGAAGAUGAUGAUUCUGGGCACUAUUUUUCAAUGCCUGGGAUCAAUCCUAACAAUAGCAGCAAUGCUGUCUUCGAAACCUCUGUUCGUGAGUCCAAUGGAAAAGAGGGAUGAAGCCACCCAAGCGAGAGCUCGUUUCGCUACCGGCAACAGCGACUUAUUGACCGAUAUGCACGCAUAUGACGAAUGUCAUCGCCUCCGCGACCAGGGGAAAUCGCAAAGCAGUAUACGAUCUUUCUGCGAAGAGCACUUCAUCUCGCCGCCUACGAUCCGUGACAUUACCUCCCUCAGGCAAGAUUUCUUUGCCUCUCUCGUGGAGCUUGGAUUCGUCCCGCCUUCGACCAAACUCCACGAUCAGUUGCUGAACGCGAACUCCAAGCAGGAGAACCUGUUGAAAGCGGUGAUCCUCGGAGCACUGUGGCCGCAAGUCGCUCGGGCGGUGUUGCCACGAUCGGCAGUGAAGUUCGACCGCGUCCAGGCAGGUACCGUGCAGCGCGAUAAUACCGCCCGUGAGUUUCGUUUGUACGAUCUCAAGGGCGGCGAGAGAGUCUUUGUGCACCCUUCGUCUGUCCUCUUCAGCGAGGCGGCAUGGCGCGCAUCAUUUGCAGUCUAUUUCCAGAAGCAAGCAACUAGCAAAGUGUUCCUGAGGGAUGCUACGGAGGUUCCGAUAUACGCACUUCUCUUGUUCGGCGGAACCGUCGCUGUGAACCACAUCGGAGGCGGCCUGACGAUCGGUACGAGGGACGCUUUCGUGAAGCUUAAAGCCUGGCCCCGUAUUGGUGUACUCGUCAAUCAGCUACGCCGACUUCUCGAUAUACAGCUGAAGCAGUGUAUAGAUGAAGGCACAAUGCUUGACAUAGGCUCGGGUAACCCGGUCGUACGGGCCAUGUUGGCCCUGCUGGAGAAUGAUGGGUUGUCGUCUUGACGUAUAUUCUCAACAACGUAGCAUUCACCACCCGACGUUGAACAUUGUUCAUGGCCCGUAACUUCUGAUGAAAUGCAUGUGUCAAAUUUCUGGCAUUCACAGACACUACUCACAUGUCGCCUAGCGAUGGCGAACCUUCAUCG